AUGUUUCAUGGAACUAUCACAAAAGAACUAAUCAGUCAUGAAGAAUGGAGUCACUAUAAUCAAAACAUAAUAGAAGAUCAGAAAGAUUUUGUUUUUGUGAAGUUCAAUGGUCUUCAUUUAAAAUCUAUGGAAAAUCUGCAAUCUUGUAUCUCUCUUAGAGUAUGCAUCUUCUCAAACAAUUUUAUUACAGAUAUCAGCCCACUUCAAAGUUGUAUAAAAUUAGUCAAACUUGAUCUCCAUGGAAAUCAGGUGAAGAGUCUACCAGAUGCCAAAUUUUGGAGUAGAUUAAAGAACCUAAAACUUCUCUAUCUUCAUGACAAUGGGUUUGCAAAGUUAAAGAAUGUAUGCAUGUUAUCUGUCUGUCCAAGCCUCAUUGCUCUCACUAUGUUUGAUUGCCCAGUAAGCCUUAAAAAAGGAUAUAGACAUGUUCUUGUCAACAGUAUACGGAGUCUCAAAGCAUUGGAUCAUCAUGUGAUUUCUGAUGAAGAAAUAAUUCAGAACUGGCAUCUUCCAGAACGAUUCAAAACAUACAACGACCGGCUUUUCUUUAAUUUCUGCCCUGCUUUGAAAAAGGGAUCAACCUAUGAGGAUGAAAUUAAUAAUAUCAACUAUAUUACUUCAAAAAUUAAUGAAAUUAUGGCUCAUAAUUCACCGGUUUUGAUUAUUCAAAGAUGGAUACGUGGUUUCCUAGUUAGAAAAAGUUUGAGCUCCUUGUUUUUGUAUAAAAAACAUCAAGGAAAAUUUAUUAGUCAAUGUGAAACAAAAUUGAUUUAUAUACACAGAAGAUGUGAAGAUAAGGUUUUUAAGGAUCUCAUUUUUAAGCCUGGAACCAAUAAAACAGGAAAGCUUGCACGAUGGAAACAUAAUAUACCUUUUCCUUUUGAUUUAGAAUAUUCUAGAAAACAGAAAAAACAUGUUUCCUCUCUUUUACAUGAGUUAAAAACAAAAGAUACUGGCCAAAAAUCAAGACAUCUCAGUCAAAAAGGUCAGGAGUCUAAGGAUGAAACUGAGGAUGAAGAAUUGCAUGCCAGAUUUAGGAUAUCAGUGUUUAAACCACCCAUAUAUUCUUCAGGUUCAUUGAAAUAUGCUGCAGUGUCAAAAGAGAAAAAACAAGAUUCUUUUCCUACAUAUGUCCAGCCAUUUCCUACCACUCAUCAAAAACCAGUAAUUAAAAAAACACACACGUUGUUGGAGAAGAAUGCAAGAAGAGAGUUUUUUACAACACACAGAACUGGUAUAAAACUUAAAACACUCUGUGAUAUUGAUAAAUACUACUCAGAACAAAAGAAGCAGGAUAGCCAUAAGAAAGAAGUAAUCGCUGUAACCAUGGUUCAAGCUGCCAAGGAAAGAGCCAGCUCAAUUGUUAAAGAAACUUUAUAUAAGAAAAAGUGUGCUGCACAAAAACAAAUGGCAGAUGAUAAUAGGGCAAUUCAGGCUGGUUUAUACCAACUUUGGCAGGACCGAGUCAACUACCUUGAAAAAGUUAGAGAAAGGAGAGCUUUGUUUUUAGAAGGAAAAAAACGAAAAGCUGAAGACCGUUUAUUAAUUCAAAACUUAAAUAAUGAGCGCACUGUUUUAAUUAAAGGGAUAACUAAACUCGACAGAUUGAAUAAAAAUAAAGCUCUCUUAAAAGAGAAACAUCUGAUUGUUCAGCAAAAACUAGAAACAGAAAAAUAUCAAAAGAAUUUACUUAAACACAUGAAGGAAUUUAAGGCUCAAGAAACAUAUAAAAGACACUGUGAAGAAAAAUUUGUUUUAGAUAUGCUUGGCUUUCAAAAAGCUUGUGAAAGAUUACAAGAUGCUAAAACAAAAGUAGCCCUUGUGAAAGCAAAUUUAGUCUUAAAAAUUCCCCCUGGAAUGACAGAAUGA